CCAAUGCUGCCUCCAGCCCAGAGCCUGUUCUUGGCAGUGAACCAUGCGCGGCACAACAAAAUACCCUCAUGUUAUUGACACACCAGAUCCGGGCAAAUGGGAGCUGGCGGGGUACGAGGCAGCCUUACCCAUCACAGAGAAGUCAAACCCCAUCACACGGGAGCUGGACAAAGCUGACCCGGCCCAGAUUGUCCAGCUCCUUAAAGACUGUGAUGCUGAGAUAUUCCAGGAAGAGGAUGAAACUCUGGUCAACUACAAGAGGCUGUACAGUGAAUCAGUGCUGAAGACCAUGAUGGACAUUAUUGGCAAAGUUCAGGAGGUGCUGAAGGAACCAGACAACACCCUCAUUGUGCUGAGUGGUGGCGGUGCCUCUGGACGGUUUGCCUUCCUCAUAGCUGUGUCCUUUAACAAACUUCUGAAGGGUCUGGGGCAGCCCCCCCAGUACACAUAUAUAAUUGCUGGGGGAGACAGGUCUCUUGUGGCAUCCCAGGAGGGCUCUGAGGACAGUGCACUGCUGGGCAUUGAGGACCUGAACAAGGUCUGUGAAGGGAAGAAGAGAGUCAUUUUCUUUGGAAUCUCAUGUGGUUUGUCUGCUCCCUAUGUGGCCGGGCAGCUGGACUUCUGCAUGAACAACCUGGACAUCUACGUCCCAGUGCUGGUGGGCUUCAACCCAGUCACCAUGGCCAGGACAGAGAAGAUUGAGGGCUUCCACUCCACCUUCCAGCAGGUUGCUGAACGGAUGGAGAAGCUUCAGGAGACGCAGGAGGCCUUCGUCCUCAAUCCUGCCGUGGGGCCCGAAGGGAUCACCGGCUCAUCACGGAUGAAGGGGGGCAGUGCCACAAAGAUCCUUUUGGAAACUCUGCUCCUGACAGCCCAUAAGACGGUCUCCAAGGACAGCGAGAUCUCAGAGAAGUGUCUUCUGGAAAUCCUCCGCACCUAUGAACGCGCUCACAAAGUCACCUAUGGGCAGAGCAAGAAGAUUGCUGCUCUAGUGAAGCAAGCUGGCACCAGCCUGCAGAAGAAGGCUUCCAUCUACAUGGUUGGCUGGCACACCUUGGGCAUCAUCGCCAUCAUGGAUGGGGCCGAGUGCAUCCCCAGCUUUGGGGCAGACAUUAAUGACGUCCGGGGCUUCCUCAUUGGGGACCGCAGUGAAAUGUUUAACAGGGAGGCUGAUUUGAUUGCACAGGGCCCAAAGUUUGCUUUCUCUGAAGAAGACUUUGUGAAAACAAUCCUCCCAUCGCUGACAGAGCUGGACACAGUCCUCUUCCUUUUUACAGUAGAUGAUGACCUUGAUGAAGUGGAGAAGUUGGUGGUUCAGGUGAAGGAGAGGACCGCAAACGUGCAAGCAUUUUCUCAUGCCACAGUUGGGCAAUACCUACCGGCCUCCCUCAAGAAGCUCUUCCCUUCCAUCAUCAGCAUCAUGUGGCCGAUCUUAUUCCUGGAGUAUGAAGGCAAUUUCAUCCAGAGAUUCCAAAGGGAGCUAAGCACCAAGUGGAUCCUGAACACAGUCAGCACCGGGGCGCACGUCCUGAAAGGCAAGAUCCUGCGCAACCACAUGGUGGACCUGAGAGUGAGCAACUCAAAGCUCUUCUGGAGGGCUGUCACCAUCCUGCAGAGGUUCACAGGGCAUUCACAGGCCAAAUGCCUGGAAGCGCUGCUGCAAGUCAUCUAUGACCCAGAGCCACUCUCUGAGGAGCUUCGCACGGCUCAAGUCUCCAAGCACAUUGCUGCAGCAACAGACAAGAGCAAGGUUGUGCCCACUGCCCUGCUCUGCCUCCUGCGCAGCUGUACAGUACCAGAGGCCUGCACUCGCCUGGAGACCGCACCCUCCCUCCGUGCUGCCCUUGACGCUGCCCUGAGAGCUCCGGGACACAAGCGGGGGGCAGACAAGCCGGAACCCGAAGAGCAGAGCCCGUAGGGGCACCAGCCAUCCCAGGGGGGCCAGUGGCCUUGGUCCUCACACGGUCUUCCAGCCAGACAUCCUCAGCCGGCAUUGCACUGCACCACUCCGAGUCACUUGACUUUUCCCAGUGGGGAAAUGGGGAGGGCAGGAAGGUGGGGCCCUGCUUGGGGGGGGGACUCCUGGUUAUCCUAUGGACAAGGAGGGAUCUGGGCGGGGGAUGGGGGGAGGACAAGGUUCUUCCCUUGCCAAAGCCAGAUUCUUCUUGUACCUCCCCCCAUCCUUGGGAGACAGAUGCCCCUGAAGAAUGCCCUUCUGUGCCCCCUGGCACAGGGCUGGACCUGCCCCAAGACCCACAUCUCAGAAAGAGUAUUUCCCCCCCCACUGGUGCCCUUCCUGCCAGCCACAGCUACUCCACCCGCUUUGGGGGCAGGUGACACUGUCACACCACCAAGGCUCCCGCCUGGGCAACCUACCUUGAGGCCGACUCCCUGCACUGCUGGGGCGUUGCUGUGAUACCUGAAGGGCUGCAGUCUCCAUGCUUCAAACAAAAGAAGGCAGUGGCACCAGCUGCCCAGCCAGGACUUCCAUGGCCACCGGGAACUAGCCAAGUGGCCAAACUGGGCAGCAUCGACCCACAGACUGAGGCCAGGCCAUAGGGAGAGAGGCCUGUUAUAGGCCUCCCCCACGUCUUGUCCGGCCAAGUCUCCCGAGAGGUCUGCAAGGCUUUGCUGAAGCCUCGCAAGGCUUUGAGCAGGUUGCCUGUGGUGCCUGCAGGCUGUACCUGCUGGCAGUGUCGUGUGGCACAGUGGCAUGGGGGUGGGCACAGCAGCAGAUGGCAGCGCUCCUCUCAGCCUGCCCCCUGGAGCCUCACCUUUCUCUGUCUGGGUACAAGGGGUGGAUGUGGCUCUCCCCCAGCCUGAUGUUGAUUGUGGCAGCCCUCCGUUUCGUUGAGGGGGAACCAGGAGGAGGAAGGGUUCUGGGCUUCCUGCACUUUUUGUAAUAAAGCAUGGGUCUGUGCAA